GCUUUGCUGAUCUGACCUGGUCCUCUUCCUUCCUUCUUGCAGACCAUGGGAGACGUGAAGCUGGUUGCUUCAUCACACAUUUCCAAAACCUCCCUCAGUGUGGACCCCUCCAGAGUCGGCUCCAUGCCGCUGACCGAGGCCCCUGCCUUCAUUUUGCCCCCUCGGAACCUCUGUGUCAAAGAAGGAACCACCGCCACGUUUGAAGGGAGGGUCCGGGGUUACCCAGAGCCUCAGGUGACAUGGCACAGAAACGGGCAACCCAUCACCAGCGGGGGCCGCUUCCUGCUAGAAUGUGGCAUCCGGGGGACUUUCAGCCUUGUAAUUCAUGCUGCUUGUGAGGAGGACAGGGGAAAGUAUACCUGUGAAGUCACCAAUAGUAGUGGUGCCCGCCAGGUGACGGUGGAGUUGACAGUAGAAGGGAGUUUUAUGAAGAAGCAUGGUCAACCUGUUGUUUCCAAAACCUUGGGUGACAGAUUUUCAGCCCCAGCAGUGGAAACCCGUCCUAGCAUCUGGGGAGAGUGUCCACCAAAGUUUGCUACCAAGUUGGGCCGAGUGGUGGUCAAAGAAGGGCAGAUGGGACGAUUCUCCUGCAAGAUCACUGGGCGGCCCCAGCCGCAAGUCACCUGGCUCAAGGGAAAUAUUCCACUGCAGCCAAGUGCCCGUGUGUCGAUGUCUGAGAAGAACGGGGUGCAGGUUCUGGAAAUCCAUGAAGUCAGCCAAGAAGACAUGGGAGUGUACACAUGCAUGGUGGUGAAUGGGUCAGGCAAGGCUUCCAUGUCAGCUGAGCUUUCCAUCCAAGGUUUGGACAAUGCCAACAGGUCAUUUUUAAGAGGAACAAAGGCCACCAAUUCAGACCUCAGGAGGGAGGCGACCAGUGGAAUCUCUAAGGGGUCAAAACAGGACAACCUGGAGACUGCAGCCGAAAGUAAGAACUGCUCCAGCACCCAGAGAGGUGGCUCCCCAGCCUGGGCCACAAACACCCAACCUCAUCCCAAGUUGGAGUCCAAGCUGGAACCAUGCAAGAACUCACCCAAAACGGUCCUGCAGACUCCCAUCCUUCAGAAGACUUCUAGCACCAUCACCUUGCAGGCUGCAAAAGUCCAGCCAGAACCAAGAGCGCCAGUCUUGGGAGCCCUGUCUCCUUCUGGAGAAGAAAGGAGGAGGCCAGCUGCUCCCCAUCUAGCCACCCUUCCCACCAGGCCAUCUGGCCUAGGAAACCAAGAGGUUGUUAGUAGGGUUGCUACUAGGAAAAUCCCCAUGGAGAGCCAGAGGGAUUCAACUUUCCCCAAAUUUGAGAGCAAGCCUGAAAGCCAGAAAGUCAGGGAAGAUCAAACAGUCAAGUUCAAAUGUGAGGUUUCAGGAAUCCCAAAGCCGGAAGUGACCUGGUUCCUGGAAGGUGCCCCCGUGAGGAGGCAAGAAGGCACCAUUGAGAUUUAUGAAGAUGCUGGAUCCCAUUACCUCUGCCUGCUGCGAGCCCAGGCCAGAGACUGUGGGAAAUAUAGCUGCACAGCUUCCAAUACCCGAGGCCAGGUGUCCUGUAGCUGGACCCUCCUAGUGGAAAAGCUGACCAUGAUGGAGGUGGCCCCCUCAUUCUCCAGUGUCCUGAAGGACUGCACCGUCAUUGAGGGCCAGGAUUUUGUGCUGCAGUGCUCCAUACAGGGGACCCCGGUGCCCCAGAUCACUUGGCUACUCAAUGGGCAGCCCAUCCAGUAUGCCCGCUCCACCUAUGAGGCCGGCAUGGCCGAACUGCAUGUCCAGGACGCCCUGCCAGAGGAUGAUGGUACCUACACCUGUCUGGCUGAGAAUGCCUCGGGGCAGGUGUCCUGCAGUGCCCGUGUCACCGUCCACGAGAAGAAGAAUGACAGGAAGAGUGAGUACCUUGUGCCCGUGACUCCCAGCAAGCCCAUCGCGCCCAUCUUCCUGCGGGGCCUCUCUGAUCUCAAAGUCAUGGAUGGAAGCCAGGUCACCAUGACAGUCCAGGUGUCAGGGAAUCCACCCCCUGAAGUCAUCUGGCUUCACAACGGGAAUGAGAUCCAGGAGUCAGAAGACUUCCACUUUGAACAGAGAGGCACUCAGCACAGCCUUUGUAUCCAGGAAGUGUUCCCAGAGGACACGGGCACGUACACCUGCGAGGCCUGGAACAGCGCUGGAGAGGUCCGUACCCAGGCUGUGCUCACGGUGCAAGAGCCUCAUGAUGGCACCCAGCCCUGGUUCAUCAGCAAGCCUCGCUCAGUGACGGCCUCCCUGGGCCAGAGUGUCCUCAUCUCCUGCGCCAUAGCUGGUGACCCCUUUCCUACCGUGCACUGGCUCCGAGAUGGCAAAGCCCUCUCCAAAGACACUGGCCACUUCGAGGUGCUUCAGAAUGAGGACGUGUUCACCCUGGUUCUAAAGAACGUGCAGUCCUGGCACGCCGGCCAGUAUGAGAUCCUGCUCAAGAACCGGGUUGGUGAGUGCAGUUGCCAGGUGUCACUGAUGUUGCACAACAGCCCUGCCAGAGCGCCCCCACGGGGGAGGGAGCCUGCCAGCUGUGAGGGCCUCUGUGGUGGAGGAGUUGGUGCCGAUGGUGGUGGCGGUGACCGCUAUGGUACCUUGAGGCCCGGCUGGCCAGCAAGAGGGCAGGGUUGGCCAGAGGAGGAAGACGGCGAGGACGUGCGAGGGGUGCUGAAGAGGCGCGUGGAGACGAGGCAGCACACCGAGGAGGCGAUCCGCCAGCAAGAGGUGGAGCAGCUGGACUUCCGUGAUCUCCUGGGGAAGAAGGUGAGUACCAAGACCGUGUCAGAAGAAGACCUGAAGGAGAUCCCGGCCGAGCAGAUGGAUUUCCGCGCCAACCUGCAGCGGCAAGUGAAGCCAAAGACCGUGUCCGAGGAAGAGAGGAAGGUGCAUAGCCCCCAGCAGGUUGACUUCCGCUCCGUCCUCGCUAAGAAGGGGACUCCCAAGACUCCAGUGCCUGAGAAGUUGCCACCUCCUAAACCUGCUACCCCAGAUUUUCGCUCAGUGCUGGGCAGCAAGAAGAAAUUACCAGCAGAGAAUGGUAGCAGCAGUGCUGAGGCCUUGAAUGCCAAGGCAGUGGAAAGUUCCAAGCCCGAGAGCAAUGCACAGCCUUCAGAGUCCUUGAAACCCAUGGGCAACGCCAAACCUUCUGAGUUCUUGAAAACUGUGGCCAACACAAAACCUGCUGAGACUCCAAAACCUGUGACCAACGCCAAGUCAGCCGAGACCCUGCAACCUGUGGCCAAUGCCAAGCCUGAUGAGCCCCUAAAAUCAACUAGGAAAGAAGAACUCAAGAAGGAGGUUAAGAAUGAUGUGAACUGCAAGAAAGGGCAUGCAGGGACCACAGAUCAUGAAAAAAAACCAGAGAGCCAAGGGACAGCCCCAACCUUCAAGGAGAAGCUACAAGAUGUUCAUGUGGCAGAGGGCGAAAAGCUGCUACUUCAGUGCCAGGUGUCCUCUGACCCCCAGGCCACCAUCACCUGGACACUGAACGGAAAGACCCUCAAGACCACCAAGUUCAUCAUCCUCUCCCAAGAAGGUGCACUCUGCUCCGUCUCCAUCGAGAAGGCAUUGCCUGAGGACAGAGGCUUAUACAAGUGUGUAGCCAAGAAUGCUGCUGGCCAGGCUGAGUGCUCCUGCCAAGUCACUGUGGAUGAUGCUCCAGUCAGUGAGAACACCAAGGCCCCAGAGAUGAAAUCUCGGAGGCCCAAGAGCUCUCUUCCUCCCGUGCUAGGAACAGAGAGUGAUGCUACUGUGAAGAAGAAACCCGCCCCCAAGACACCUCCAAAGGCAGCAAUGAUGCCCCCUCAGAUCAUCCAGUUUCCUGAGGACCAAAAGGUGCGCGCAGGAGAGUCCGUGGAGCUGUUUGGAAAAGUGACAGGCACCCAGCCUAUCACCUGUACCUGGAUGAAGUUCCGAAAGCAGAUCCAGGAGAGCGAGCACAUCAAGGUGGAGAACAGUGAGAACGGGAGCAAGCUCACCAUCCUGGCCGCGCGGCAGGAGCACUGUGGCUGUUACACACUGGUGGUGGAAAACAAGCUGGGCAGCAGACAGGCCCAGGUCAACCUCACUGUCGUGGAUAAACCAGACCCCCCAGCUGGCACACCUUGUGCUUCUGAUAUUCGGAGCUCCUCACUGACCCUGUCCUGGUAUGGCUCCUCGUAUGACGGGGGCAGUGCUGUACAGUCCUACAGCAUCGAGAUCUGGGACUCUGCCGACACGACGUGGAAGGAACUAGCCACAUGCCGCAGCACCUCUUUUAAUGUCCAGGACCUGCUGCCUGACCACGAGUAUAAAUUCCGUGUUCGCGCAAUCAAUGUUUAUGGAACCAGUGAGCCAAGCCAGGAGUCUGAACUCACAGUGGUGGGAGAGAAACCUGAAGAGCCGAAGGAUGAAGUGGAGGUGUCAGAUGAUGAUGAGAAGGAGGCCGAAGUCGAUUACCGGACGGUGACAGUCAAUACGGAACAAAAAGUAUCUGACUUCUACGACAUCGAAGAGAGACUAGGAUCUGGGAAAUUUGGACAGGUCUUUCGACUUGUAGAAAAGAAAACUAGAAAAAUCUGGGCUGGGAAAUUCUUCAAGGCAUAUUCAGCAAAAGAGAAAGAGAAUAUCCGGCAGGAGAUCAGCAUCAUGAACUGCCUCCACCACCCUAAGCUGGUCCAGUGUGUGGAUGCCUUCGAAGAGAAGGCCAACAUCGUCAUGGUCCUGGAGAUCGUGUCAGGGGGUGAGCUGUUUGAGCGCAUCAUCGACGAAGACUUUGAGCUGACAGAGCGCGAGUGCAUCAAGUACAUGCGGCAGAUCUCGGAGGGAGUGGAGUACAUCCACAAGCAGGGCAUCGUGCACCUGGACCUCAAGCCCGAGAACAUCAUGUGUGUCAACAAGACAGGCACCAAGAUCAAGCUCAUCGACUUCGGUCUGGCCAGAAGGCUAGAGAACGCAGGCUCCCUGAAGGUCCUCUUUGGCACUCCGGAGUUUGUGGCGCCUGAGGUGAUCAACUACGAGCCUAUCGGCUACGCCACAGACAUGUGGAGCAUUGGGGUCAUCUGCUACAUCCUGGUCAGUGGCCUUUCCCCCUUCAUGGGUGACAACGAUAAUGAAACCUUAGCCAAUGUCACCUCAGCCACCUGGGACUUCGACGAUGAGGCAUUCGAUGAGAUCUCUGACGAUGCCAAGGAUUUCAUCAGCAACUUACUGAAGAAAGAUAUGAAAAACCGCCUGGACUGCACCCAAUGCCUUCAGCAUCCAUGGCUAAUGAAAGACACCAAGAACAUGGAGGCCAAGAAGCUCUCCAAGGACCGGAUGAAGAAGUACAUGGCAAGAAGGAAAUGGCAGAAAACGGGCAAUGCUGUGAGAGCCAUUGGAAGACUGUCCUCUAUGGCAAUGAUCUCAGGGCUCAGUGGCAGGAAAUCCUCAACAGGGUCACCAACCAGCCCGCUCAAUGCAGAAAAACUAGAAUCUGAAGAAGAUGUGUCCCAAGCUUUCCUUGAGGCUGUCGCUGAGGAAAAGCCCCAUGUAAAACCCUAUUUCUCCAAGACCAUUCGCGAUUUAGAAGUUGUGGAGGGAAGUGCUGCUAGAUUUGACUGCAAAAUUGAAGGCUACCCAGACCCUGAGGUCGUCUGGUUCAAAGAUGACCAGUCAAUCAGGGAGUCCCGCCACUUUCAGAUAGACUACGAUGAAGAUGGGAACUGCUCUCUAAUUAUUAGCGAUGUCUGUGGGGAUGACGAUGCCAAGUACACCUGCAAAGCUGUCAACAGUCUUGGAGAAGCCACCUGCACAGCGGAGCUCAUUGUGGAAACCAUGGAGGAAGGAGAAGGGGAAGGCGAAGAGGAAGAAGAGGAAGAGUGAAACAAAGCCAGAGAAAGUUGUUUCUAAGUAACAUUAAAAGAACUAUUUCUCUAAAGCUC